GAAGUCUUCUUUGCACCGGAGUAUUAAGUUCAGUUUUCGGUCACUGAUAAAUGAGACAGAGCAGCCAUGGGGAGCAAACAACAGAGAAACAUUUGCCAUUUGGCCAUGGUCUAUUUUCUCUUGAGUUCAACUUCACCUGCUGCAGAUGGUCAGAUCAGAUUAACUGGGUCUGGGUCUACUCAGUGCUCUGGAAGAGUUGAAAUCUAUUACAACAACAUCUGGGGAACAGUGUGUGAUGAUGAUUGGGACUUAAACGAUGCUGAGGUGGUUUGCAGACAGUUGGGUUGUAAUAAGGCACUGAGUGCCCCUCAAUCGGCCCGCUUUGGUGAAGGAACUGGAAUAAUUUGGCUUGAUGAUGUGGUCUGUUCAGGAAGUGAGAGGUCUCUAACUCAGUGUAAGCACAGUGGAUUUGGGACAAACAACUGUGGACAUGGAGAGGAUGCUGGUGUGGUCUGUUCAGAUGUCAGAUUGGCUGGGUCUACUCUGUGCUCUGGUCGAGUUGAAAUCUAUUACAACAACAUCUGGGGAACAGCCUGUGAUGAUGAUUGGGACUUAAACGAUGCUGAGGUGGUUUGCAGACAGUUGGGCUGUGGUACGGCACUGAGUGCCCCUAAGUCAGCCCACUUUGGUGAAGGAACCGGAAAAAUCUGGCUUGAUGAUGUGGCCUGUUCAGGAAGUGAAAGGUCUGUAACUCUGUGUCAGCACAGUGGAUUUGGGACACACAACUGUGAACAUAGAGAGGAUGCUGGUGUGGUCUGUUCAGCACUCCUCCCUAAGCCCAGCAUCUCCAUGAAUCCUGCUGCUAAGGUUACCUGGGGCCAGAAUGUCGGCAUCAAUUGUUCUGUCUCAACUCAAACUCAACAGAUUUUAAGUCCAACAUUUAUUUUGAAAAAGGCUUCAAGUUCAGUUGGAGAGACCCAAACGUCAAGUACCAACUCUGCUACCUUCAACAUGCGUGGAGUCAACUUUGACAACGAAGGAUCAUACCAGUGUCAGUAUAAGAUAACAGUUUCAGGUCAAGUCUUCACCUCCUCAAGUAACUCUGUCAGCCUCUCUGUUACUGUGCCGCUGCAGCAGCCCAGCAUCUCCCUAACAUCUCCUAACAGAGGGCUGGUCUGGGGCCCUGAAGGUGCACAGAUCACCGGGGGUUUCAGCUUUGUCUUCACCUGCUCCACUUCCUCCCAUUAUCCUGGAGGUGUUUUCCAUCUCAUCUUCUCUGGUUCAAACCUCAUCAACACAGAGCCAGCAGUCAACCAGUCAGCCUCCUUUUCCUUCCCGGUGGCUGAGUAUGAACAACAGGGAAACUACAGCUGUGUGUAUGAAGUCACGCUGUCCUCGAGAAGAUUCACUUCUACACAGACAGCACCUAUUAGUGUCAUCAUUAAAAUGCAUUUGUUGCUGCUGGUCUCUUCAGUAGCUGCUGGGGGUCUGCUGCUGCUCCUGCUAGUCUUGGUGGUGGUCUGUCUUGUCUGCAAGAGAAGACGACGAGCCAAGCACACUGGAGCCCUCGUCCAAACUCAAUUGGCUGUCAGAGUCAGGAAUGAUUAUGAAGAUAACGAGUAUGAGGACGACGAGGCUGACUAUGAAAAUGUUGAUCCAAUGGACACCAAGAAGAAUCUUAAGGAGGAAGCAGGGAAAGGGCAGGAAGUGGAGACUAAUGAUUAUGUGGAGCCAGAGAGCGACGAAGAUCAUGAUUAUGAGGAAGCAGGCCCAAGUGCAAGUAUUAUAAAGACCAACAAGGUCUAUUUCAGCGUAGAGGAAAACAGCGAAGAAGAAGAAGAUAAUGAAGAUGACUAUGAAAAUGUUGAUCCAAUGGACACCACAAAGAAACUCAAAGAGGAAGCAGGGAAAGGGGAGGAAGAGGAGACUGAUGAUUAUGUGGAGCCAGAGAGCGACGAAGAUCAUGAUUAUGAGGAAGCAGGCCCAAGUGUAAGUAUUAUGAAGACCAACGAGGUCUAUUUCAGCGUAGAGGAAAACAGAGAAGAAGAAGAAGAAGAAGAAGAAGAAGAAGAAGAAGAUGAUGAUGAUUAUGAAAAUGUAACCAAGCCAUUUGGUUAAGAAACUUUGGACAUUUAUGGAGAACAGGAUAUUUCACAAUGUCACAGUGGUUACCGUGGAUGAAGCACUGUUUUUUUGACCCACUGCAAAGAAUUUAAAUUUUAGGGUGCUUUCACUUCUGUAGUUCGGCUAAUUUGGUCAAGAUCAACGGCAAAAAAAGUAUACAUUGUAGUAUUUUUCAGCUGUUUCAGUUCCUUUUCACACCGUACAGUUUGCUCUGGUCUGAAUCAGCUGAUGAUUUGGUGAAAUGAAGCAAAAAUGCAGCAACACAAGUCACAGUCAUUUUGGGCCGCAACAAUCUCAAAAAAAUGCCAAGAAAUCCUGGAGGGACUGACAUUUCAUAAACUGCUCUUUGAUUGGUCAGAAUUAACAUGCAGGAAAAUUCAAACAGAACUCCCGGUUGUAAACACAGAGAGGAGGAAAAGCCAGCAGACUACAUGUGUUUUUGCCUACUAAGUUCUAUGGAGAGACAACUGCAAGGGUUGAUUGUAGCCCUGGUCAUCAUAGCACAGCACAGCACAGCUGACUACGGCAACUAGUUUAGUCCAAACAUGCAAAGUUCUGCCAGUAGUUGGGUCUGUUAAACAAAUUCAUCGAUUCAACCGAACUAAAUUAGGCAGGUGUGAAAGUCCCCUUAAAGUACCUGGAGUAGAUACAUGUUAAAAUGAUGCUGAAGAAACUGCAGCAUGGUGUCUUCCGGCUUCAGGGGAAUUGGCUAGUCAUUAAAUUAUUUAUUAUUUUGAAUCGCAUAUACCUAGAUAAAUUACCAAAACUCUUGAAUGCACUCUUGUAGAUUUAGGUUUCAAUAUUUUAAAAACCAAAGCCAGAAAAAAAACUAUUUGGUUUUUGAUAUAUCCAACUGUAUUUCUAUAGUUCUAAAUUAUUGUAGGCUGGCCUAUUUACAUAUUUGAAUAUUAUAAUUUAUCCAUCCAUCCAUCCAUCUUUGUCUGCUUAUCC